CCCAACCCUCCCUUGCUAUCAGCUGAUCUCUGAUUGGCUAACACUUUCCCCACACAAUAUAUAUUGAAGAAUAGUGAGCGGAGCGCAGAUCAGACUGUGUGAGCAGAGUAAGCGCUGCGUUAGUGAGAGAGAGCAGAGUAACCCGACAGCGGCACCUAGCGGUCACUACAUCGGCAGACAUGGGCAGCCUGGAGUCUAAGAACAAGAGCACCGACACCGCCGCUAAUAACAAGGAGGCAGAACAACAGGUAAGACUCGGACUGGCUGCUGCUUCUAGCCAGGUGAUGGGGCCGACUGUCUAUAGCUGGGGCUGGCUGACAUGUAUUCACACAGCCCUAGUGCACGUUUAUUACCAGCGAUAUCACCUAACCUGUACCAGGUUGUAUUAGAAUUAACACUGUUAUUGGCCAUAUAAAGAUGACUGUUUUAUUUAUAUUGGUGACACCGGAUUGAAAAGGGGGUGUGUGUGUGUGUUUUAUAUGUAUUUAAUUGUAUCUCAGGCUGGGUGAGGUCACAGGAGGCUGCUGGAUUUUGAUGUUCUAGCUAGCUCUUUGUAUUGAGAAGGUAGCUGACCAGGGGUGGGGUGCGAAAUGAGGUUUAUUCUCCCUCUCUCCCCCCAUUUAUAGUUGGGUGCCAUGUCGUGACCUGUGUAUAUAUAUAUCUAUAUUUAUUUGUAUAAUUAAUACUGUCCCCCUUAUUACAGGAGAAUGGACAUGUGAAAUCUAACGGGGAUGCCCCCACCAAGGAGAAUGGUGAUCCCGCUGCAUCCAAUGGCUCCGCAGAGCCUGCCUCAGAGGAGAUCAUAUCUGCCGAAAAUGCUGACUCGGCCGCCCCUGCUGCCGCUGACCCUAAAGCUGAGGAGCCCCCGGGCAAGCAAGCCAAGAAGAAGCGAUUCUCCUUCAAGAAGCAGUUCAAGCUGCCAUUCCGUAAUAAGACUAAAAAGGAAUCUCCUGCUGCAGAAGAGCCCCCUGCUGGCGAGGCUGCGGCAUCACCCAAGGAGGAGGAAGAGAGCAGCCCUACCGUGGAAAGCAAAGAAGAGCCGGUGGUAGUGGAGACUGCAGCCACUCAGGAACAAUCCACUCCUGAGGCUGAGGUUCCAUCCAGCGAACCUGCUGCUCCUCCUGCUCAGCCUGAGCCAGCUGUGACCACACCUGAGGAAGAGCCCAAACCGGUGGAAUCUGCUCCCACCACAGAACCUGCCACCGAGCCAACCAAGGAGGAGUAGUACCUUGACACCCUCCUAAAAAUGGACUUCUGUGCAUUGAGCCUCCCAUUUACCUCUCCCUUUACUCACCACACUCCUGGGUUCUGUAUCUACUCCACGGUGGGUGUGAGCAGAACUGAAAUAUGUGCCAAAUGUUGCCUUCCUGCCCCUCUGAACACACUAUCCAACUUCAUUCAGAGGAGAAAGCAGAAACUCAAGUGUUGUCCUUCUGGUGCAGACCCAAUGAACUGUAUGGUACAGACUGCACUGCUCCAUCCUAUAGACUUGUAUUAAGCCUACCUCCCUAUGGCUGUUUUAGACAAAGACAAGAGCUUUAGAUGGCUGGAGUAACCAGGGAAAUGGGGGGUCUUGCACUUGAGCAUCUACUUUUGAACUAUUGCUGGACUCAAAACGUCUGAUCUGGUGGAGCUAAUCCCAUUCAAAGUGACUCGCACAGCUGACUGCUGCUCACAGGCAACUUCCCUUGUGUGUUUACAGUAUAGUGUUUCCCCCUACUUGGUGUGGAUGUCCGGCAUUGUAACACUGCAUCAGUGACCAGAGGUGUGGCAGUGUGGUGCUGGCUGUUGUGAACUGAGAGAAUGUGUAUCUUUGUAAAUAUAUAUAUUUUUCUUUUAAGGUCAGGUUCUGUGAAGUCACUUUCUAACUCCUUAAGUAGUACUGGUUGUAUGUGUCAUCAUGUUUUAAAAAUAAAUUAACCCCUUUAUACCAAUGUGUCUCUAAACUUAUUGUUGUACUUGCAGAUGUGGGAGAGUCUGAAA